AUCCCCACCCCUAAAAUGGCGGCAGAUUUGAAUGCAUCGGAGCAGAAUCACUGAAAUGCCUCCUUCCUUUUUUAACCACUAACCAACACUUACCCGGUUUCACUGGUUAGCUUUACCAACAGGGGCGAGAAAGAGAGAAGGAAAAUGACUUCUAAAAUACCAACAAGAAAGGAAAACCAACUUAUAAACGGUGGUAGGAGAAUGAGUGCUGAUGUUGUUACUAGGAAUAUUAAUGGAGGAGCUAUCAAUCACAGGAGAACUUCAUCGAUACCUAUCAAAUCCUCAAAGACUAACUCAACUCCUCCUCACUCACCCUCUCGCUCAUCGAGAUCAGCUGUACUGAGGGACACUAAUAAUGUCAGAUCUUCUAGUCUUGAACCAGAGGGAUCUGUUCAAAAGGCUACACUCAGCAUGUUGAAACCUGAUAAUACUCAGAGAGAGAAGGAAGACAGCAGAAAGGAAGAUCAAGAAAAUAAUGAAGAAGAGGGAGAAAGGACUGGGUCUGUCUUGAAACUCAAUCCAAACACAGCUGCUACAAUUCAAGAGUUACUCACUCUACUAGUGUCAUCCACUCCUUCUCUCUCUCCUGCUCCUCCUCCUGUUGCUCUUAAUAAAGACAUUAGUCAGUGUCUUGAGAGUUUGCUAAUCAACAGGUCACAGGCCCCAUCUCAACAAGAAGUCACAGGAAGCAGUUCUGAUAUUAAAAUGGAGUCUUCUCUCCUCUCCUCCCCUCGCCCUCCUCCCUCCAUAGUAAUCUCAAACGAAGAAGAAGAACACGACGAUACAUUAAAAGGACACUUCACGUCCAUCAGCUCCCAGACGGACCCUCCCUCUCCCUCACCUUCGCCUCCCCUUCUCUCCUCUGUCAACUUAGGCACUCAAACGGAAUUCAACGGCUUACAAACUCAAGACUCAGUCUGUUCUAUCGAUUCGAAUGUCUCCUCUUCUCAUCUACAGCAGAGGCUAGAGGCUAUGACUAUAUCCCACGAGCUGCUACAGUCCUCAUUGGAUGAUGCCAGACGACAGAUUGGUAAUCUUGAGGCUACGGUUGAGAGACAGAGGCAGGAGAUCAGUAGCAAGGAGACUCAACUUGGAGUCAUUAGUGGCCGGGUAUCAACACUCAUGAAGAGUUUUGAGACCACACAGUCAGAUUCCCUGCAGUACAAGACACUCUAUUACAGGUCGCUACAACAGUGCACUGGUCUCCAGGAACAACUUGAUCUCUUCAACAAUCUAUUCCUUAAGUUCGACUCGCUCAUGAAGCUCCAGAGCAAAGUUAAUGGCCAGGCUUCAAAGAAUGGGGCGUGUCUGGAGGCAUGGGCAGCUGGUUUAGUUAAUUGGGAAUCAAAUUACAUGCAGAAAAAACAUGAGCUCUCAUUACUCACAUCAAACCACGAAUCACUUCAAAAGAGUUAUCAGUCGUUAGAGGAGACUAAUGGAGUCUUACAUGAUUCAGUGAAACAGCAUCAGGUUUCAUUAGCUCAACAAGUAGUUGAGAGAGUCAUCAGUUCAGCAAGAGAGAGAAUGAGAGAACAUGAACUAAAGAACCUUGAAGAAAUUUUGCAGAAGCAGAAGUCAGAGAAUAAAGAAAUGCAAGGAAAGAUAGCACAACUAGUGGACACAUUUCAAAGAACACAAACUGAAUAUAUGGAGAAUGCUGAAUUUGCUGAAGUUGAGAGACAAAUGUUACUGGAGGCUAAUAAAGAACUUGAAGGAGAAGUGAAGCAUCUUAAGGAAGAGUUGGAGAAAGGAGAAGAUGAAUUUAAGAAACUUGUUUCAUACACAAAAGACUUUCAAACCAAAUCAACUCAAAAAACUGAGAUCUUAAAACAGAAUAUCUCUAAAGCUGAUUCAGAGAUUGAAGAGUUGGACAGACUUCUUGAACAAGCUAGAAAGGUGUUACGUGACAAUGAGUCUUUUAUAAGUGAAUGUGAGCCACUGGUGUCACUACUGAAGGAACUAAAUGGAAAUAAUGAUCAACAAAAAUAAAUUAUUAGCACAACUACAAGACUAUUACAUGCAUCUUUGUUUUUUAUAUUUUAAAGAAAGGAUCAAAACAUUAUUCU